CGACUCGUGUCGAGGCGGCACAAGACACUUGGCGCCUGCUCACAGCAAAACCCACCCCCAGAGAAACGACACUAUUUCUCUCUCUCUCUCUUUCUCUCUCUCUCCUUCCCUUCCCCCAAAUUUCGACAAUUUUCCAAAAUUAAAUACCAAAUUAAAGGUAAAUAUUAUAAAAUUACUAUCUUUUUUGUACUCUAGUGUUUUUUUAUUCCCCUUUUUGUUCUUCUUUGUAAUUUUCGUUUUUCCAAUUUUUUUUUUUAAUUCCAUUUUCCUUUUCCGUUUUCGCCAUUUUUCUGUAUUUUUCUUCUUUAAUUUUUGUUUUGGGGUUCUGAUUGAAAGUUUUUAGAUUUAGUUACGAAUUAUGAUUUGGAGAAAUGGGUCAGUGUUUAAUUCUAUGGAUGUGUUGGAAUUUUUGCUGUUUUAUGGCGACGAAGUUGUUAUUAUGGUAUGGGAGGCAGCGUUCCGGAGCUGGAGUAUUGACGCUUGUUAUCCGUUCGUUAGUUUUUAGCUUUGAUUGUAAUUGUUUUUGUUUUCUGGAUCUGAAAUUCAGCAAGGACAUCUUUGAUUUGGAUCAACCUUUGUGCUACUUGAUACGAUAAAUUGGAUCACAAAUGAAUUUCAAGGGCUUUGGUGACACACCAAGUAUGGAUGGAAGCGGCUUGAAGCCACUGGGGAAUUUCCCAUUAGCUAGGCAGUCAUCAAUAUAUUCAAUGACCUUUGAUGAGUUGCAAAACAUGGGUGGACUUGGGAAGGAUUUUGGGUCAAUGAACAUGGAUGAACUCCUGAAGAAUAUAUGGACUGCUGAAGAGACUCAGGGCAUGAUGACAGUUUCAGCAGCUGCAGGAGAAGGAGGUGGUCCCAGUGGGAAUUUGCAGAGGCAAGGGUCAUUAACAUUGCCGCGAACCCUGAGUCAGAAAACUGUGGAUGAAGUUUGGAGAGACUUGAUGAAAGGAAGUGGUGGUGUCAAAGAUGGAAGUAGUGGUGGUGUAGGACCAAAUUUUCCACAGAGGCAACAAACCUUGGGAGAGAUAACUUUGGAGGAGUUCCUGGCGAGGGCAGGUGUUGUAAGAGAAGAUUCUCAACAACAGAUUGGAAUACCAACUAAUAGUGGAUUCUUUGGUGAAUUAUCGCAGCAAAGUAAUCACACUGGUCUAGCUCUUGGGUUUCAACAAACAAAUCAGAACAAUGGCUUGUUGGGUAGCAAUAAUUCAGUCAUUAAUCAGCCACCUAGCUUAGCACUGAAUAUGGGUGAUGUCAAAUCCAUCCACCACCAGCAACCACCACAACAGCAGCAGCCACAGCUGCCCUUCCCCAAACAAGCAAAUGUGGCGUUUGCCCCUCCCAUGCACUUAGUAAACACCACUCAACUUGCAAGUCCAGGAGCAAAGGGUUCGAUGGUUGGGAUUGGAGACCCACCAAUGAACAAUAAAUUUGUUCAGUCUAAUGGCCUGCAGACUGGAGGGACGGGCAUUGUGGGGAUGGGAUCUCCUGCAAGCAAGAUAUCCCCUGAUGUCAUUGCAAAGAGUAACAUGGAUACCUCUUCUUUAUCCCCCGUUCCUUGCAUGUUUGGCCGGGGAAGAAAAUGCAGUGCUGCUGUGGAGAAAGUAGUUGAAAGGAGGCAGAGAAGAAUGAUUAAAAACAGAGAGUCUGCUGCAAGGUCGCGAGCUCGUAAGCAGGUGAGUACAGUGUUUGACCCACUGCACAUUGUUUUCUAACUAUUAGAUAUUAUUCCUUCUGUUUUUCAAUUUGUUUUAUGAGAUUGACCUCAUAUGUAAAGCAAUAACAUAGAUCCAUGCUCAUGUCUGCAGUUGCAUCAUGCCAUGAAAUUUUUCCUUUCCAAUUUAUUCUUUUUUCUCUCUUUUUUUUUUAUUUUUUUUAUUUUUAUUAUUUGGGACUGAAACAGCUGAUUAAUAAGGUUUAGGAGUAUGGAAUUGCUUUAUUCUAUGAGGUUGAUUUUCUACUACAGAAACAAAAUAGUUCAUUGAAACAAGAUGCGAGGCUGAGGAUACUAUUGUUUGCACUUUGCUACAUCAUCCUUUUGGUAGAAGGAACCAUAACUAUCUCAUAUAUUCUAAAUUGUCCAAGUAAUGUGUUUGGAAAGUUGUAUCAAAAAUGAGUUUAGGAAGUUUAUGCAGCUCUUGGUUAAAAGAAAUUUCAAAUAGAGGACUGGAAGAAAUUAUGGCCUUUACUUAUUAUGGUUUCCUGGUUUUGUAGUCUGAAUGAACAUAACAGCACAAGUUUGUUGCUAGAAGCCAUAGUAAUUACUCAUCCUUAGAUUACAUGUUAGGUUUUGUGCAAUUGCAAGAUUUCCCAGUACGUGUCUAUUUCAGGGCAAAACAUGACCAUUUUCAUAUUCCUGCUGUGUGAAGGAACUAGAGCAGGCAAACAAUGUGAUGCUGGAGCACAUAGUGAAAAAUUUAUGGCCCUGGAUGUCAUAAUUUACUAACUUUAGUACCAACUUGUUUGCCCUCAGAAGUAACCUUAAUAAAGUGGUUUACUCAAUAAAAUUUUGCCGAAGUAUUAGAGAAAUAUGCUUGAAUGUUAGACUUUUGUCAACCUGUUUGGGCCUUUGGUUUAUUUGUUUUGUCCCAUGUUCUGAGGAACACCUGUGCAGAAAACACAUUACACUUUGAGACAUAAAUCAUGUGCAAAAUAUGAAAAUCAAACAUUUUAAUAUCU